GCGCUUGUUCGGUGAAGGGAAACCUUUCAGUGCAGGAACCGGAUGCGGAAAGAAACCCGCCAUUAAGGCAACUUGGCAUCGUGAGCUGAACGUUGAAAUCAUUCAAUUGUAAAAGGCAAUAUUUCUUUAACGAAAUACUUCUUGCGUGUCUUUUUUGCGUGUGAAGAGAAUGGCUUACCGAGGACAAGGACAGAAGGUGCAGAAGGUUAUGGUGCAGCCCAUUAACCUCAUUUUCAGAUACCUUCAGAACCGCUCACGAAUCCAGGUGUGGCUUUAUGAGCAGGUGAACAUGCGGAUAGAAGGCUGCAUCAUUGGCUUUGAUGAGUACAUGAACCUGGUUCUAGAUGAUGCUGAGGAGGUCCACAUGAAGACCAAGAACAGAAAGCCACUGGGUCGGGUUAUGUUAAAGGGCGACAACAUCACCUUGCUGCAGAGUGUCUCUACCUAGUGACACCAGUGACGACUGCAGAUCCUGUCUUUUUUUUCUGUUAACUGCUUACGAUUUUAUGCAUAAAUGUGAGUUUCUCUACAACCUUUGAGAAUAAAUGGCUUUGUUUUUUUCCAGAAA